GCGGCGGCGGCUGGGCCGGGACUUCCUUCCUCCCCCGCGGGACAAAAGCGCCGGGCUCGGCGGCUGGAGCGAGGCUCGGCGAUGGGCUCCCUGCUGAGCAGCGACGCCGCCAAAGCCGCGCCCGCGCCCCCCGCGCCUCGGGCCCGGGAGCGCAGGGCGGAUCCGCCGCUGCCGCUCGCGUCCUUCGACUGCGCCGUGUGCCUGGAGGUGCUGCACCAGCCCGUCCGCACCCGCUGCGGCCACGUAUUCUGCCGCUCCUGUAUUGCCACCAGUCUAAAGAACAAUAAGUGGACCUGUCCGUAUUGCCGGGCAUAUCUUCCUUCAGAAGGAGUUCCAGCGACAGACGUAGCCAGAAGAAUGAAGUCAGAGUUCCAGAACUGUGCCGAGUGUGAUGCCCUGGUUUGCCUUAGUGAAAUGAGGGCACACAUAAGGACUUGUGAGAAGUACAUUGACACAUAUGGACCACUGCAAGAACUCGAGGAGACAACAAGGUGUGUCUGUCCAUUUUGUCAGAGGGAAUUGGAUGAAGACAGUUUGCUGGAUCACUGUAUCACUCAUCACAGAUCCGAAAGGAGACCCGUGUUCUGCCCGCUUUGCCAUUUUAUACCAAAUGAGAAUCCAGGCAGCUUCAAUGGCAGUUUAAUAAGACAUUUGCAAGUUAGCCACACUUUGUUUUAUGAUGAUUUCAUAGAUUUUAAUAUAAUUGAGGAAGCUCUUAUCCGAAGAGCCUUGGACCAGUCGCUUCUUGAAUAUGUGAAUCAUUCGAACACCACAUAAUUUUAUGAAUAGAAAAGGGAAGUGGAGCAUUCAAUUGUACCAUUUCAAAUGCUGCUUGAACAGUUGGAGGGAAAUUGUCAAUGUUUCAUGGGGGGAAAUAUACAACCCUGUUAUAAGUUUGCCCAUGGUUAUUGUUGUAUUGCAUUCAAAAACUGCUUUCAUUCUGAUGGUUUACAUCUAGCUUGUUUUUGAGUUUCUUAGACAUUUAACAAGAAAUAGACUCCAUCAGUCAUCAGUAUAUAGAAGAAACACAGGCUGAGUAUGAAGGUGGAGAAUCUCUAUUUGCAAAUUGGGUGACAUUAGGUGUAAUGCUACAUAUUAAUAACUACCACCAUGGGUUAGGCAAGAUAACUAAUCUCUGCUCUAUGUAAAAAGAUGGAGAGAGAAGCAAUGUGCAGCUAUUCAAGGAAAUAUGAAACUUGUUCCAAUGCUCUUGUUGUAAUCUCUAACAGAAUAACAUGAAGAAUCUUGUAUGGAAAUAGGACAGGACAAUUUUGAAGUUAACAAAGAUCAUUUAACCAAAUUAUAUUAUGUAAUACUGUAACAAAAUAAAUUUUGUGUUAGCAAUGUGUACUUAA